AUGGCAUAUGACCCUCGCCGUGUAAACACAGGGAGCACCACGCCCCAAACUCCUCCACCUCCUCCACCUCCACCCCUCGAGUCCAGCGCAACACCCACCACGACCGACAUGGCUUCCACUCAAAAUGGCCCCAGCUCAGAUAGCUGGAAAUUGAAAUUUUGCACUGUCUGCGCCUCAAACAAUAACAGGUCAAUGGAAGCUCACCUCCGCCUCUCAGCUGCCCCAACCGCAUUCCCCGUUAUCUCCUUCGGAACGGGUUCGCUAGUCCGUCUCCCAGGGCCAUCAAUUACCCAGCCAAACGUCUACAGCUUCAACACCACCUCCUACAACCAGAUGUAUGAAGAGCUGUGCGAUAAAGAUGAGCGUCUCUACCGUAACAACGGUAUCCUCAACAUGCUCGAUCGUAACCGAAACCUAAAGUGGGGUCCUGAGCGUUUCCAGGACUGGACCCCCGGUUUACCUCGACUUGAACAUCUUUCCAAGGGCGAUAAGGGCGCAAUUGGGACAGAAGGCGGCGUCGUUGAUGUGAUCAUCACGUGUGAAGAACGCUGCUGGGACGCCGUCGUUGAUGAUCUCAUGAACAAGGGUUCAGCGCUCAAUCGGCCUGUGCAUGUCUUCAACGUCGACAUCAAGGAUAAUCAUGAAGAAGCUUUAUUGGGUGGAAAAGCCAUUUUGGACCUGGCGAAUCGACUCAAUGGCGCUGCUGUUGCGCAGCGUGAUAAUCAUGGAACGGAGGGUUGGGAGAAUGGGAGUGGACCCGCGCGCCAGAGCUUCGAUGAACUAGUUCCUGAGAUUUUGGCGGAAUGGCAGGAGCUGAAUCCCAAUCUGCCUGCUUUGUGGACAUUGGCGUGGCUUUAG